AAUCCUUGCACAUUUAUGUAACUCAGAUUUAAACACGUAAAUGAAAUCAUUUUAUUAGGACUACUAAUUUAUCAAGAUUUGAGUUCUUUUAGAUACGCCGGAAUCUCACCAGUAGAGGGAAAUAAUCAAAAGGACCAGACCAUUCAGUGAGGGAUACUGUCAUCCUGCUGAAUUCUCCAGAAAAUCAAGGACACCCAAUCCCUUUUUUUUUUGACUAUUUUGUCUCUCUGUGAAUCCUAGUACCAAGCUAAAUUAUGCAACAAUAGGUCGCCGUCGUCACUGUCUCUUUUCCCCGGCGGCCAAUUGCAAAAUUCCAAAUUCAUCUCAAAGGUGGCACCAAAUGUCUCGAGUCUCGUGUCGUGUCCAUCCCCUGUUAAAACCUCUGUAAUCUUUCUUUUCUGGUUAAAUUUGGCGAUUGACUCUUCAACGUAUAUAAAAGCCAAAUCAUCCACCCAAUAAUUGACCCUUUUAGUUUUUUUUAGGAACACCAUCAUUAUUAUAUUGUAAAUCGACAUACUUAAAUCGGGCUCCGAUCAAUGUACUCAGGUCCGACUCGUAACCUUUUUAUUCACUUUCUGCUCCUCCUAUUUUCAUCCCUGAUCUGGAUUCUUGAUCAGAAUCAAUUCUUUGCAAAAACCCAGUUACUCGGUUAUCCCAAUUUUUUAAUUUCGCUUGGAAAUUCUUGCAGCAGUUCGAAGAGCAAUGGCUCUGUCCAAUCCGACGACGUUGAAGCACGGGCUGUCCAUGUGGUGCAAUCAUCAGCCAAUGAACUCUGCUUCUUCUCUGGGUGGAUUGAAAAUGAAUCGGGUUCAUUUCCAGCCUUCCUUUGUUCCUUCUAGAAGCUUCUCGAGAAGAAACUACGUAGCCGCCUCCUCCUUUGCCAACGAGAAUCGCGAGUCAGUUCACUAAUCCCAAUUAAGUUUGUUUUUUUUUUUUCUGUAACAAUUCGAAAACAAAGUAAAAAGGACGCUUAAUAUGAAUUCAUACAUACAGGUUUGUGAUAGUGGGAGGAGGGAAUUCAGCUGGAUAUGCAGCUCGGACUUUCGUCGAGCAUGGAAUGGCCAAUGGCAAGCUCUGCAUUGUUUCUAAAGAGGCUUUUGCGCCGUAUGAGCGUCCGGCUCUUACAAAAGCAUAUUUAUUCCCGUUGGAUAAAAAGCCAGCCCGUUUACCAGGUUUCCACACUUGUGUUGGCUCAGGUGGAGAAAGGCAGACCCCUGAUUGGUACAAGGAGCAAGGGAUAGAGACGUUUUAUGAAGAUCCAGUAACUGGCAUUGACAUUGAAAAGCAAACCUUAACAACUAAUUCCGGAAAAUUGCUCAAGUAUGGUUCCCUUAUAGUAGCCACUGGAGCAACAGCUAGCAGGCUUCCAGAUAAAAUUGGAGGAAACUUACCUGGUGUCCACUACAUUCGUGAUGUUGCUGAUGCAGAUUCUCUUAUUUCAUCAUUGGAGAAAGCAAGUAAAGUAGUUGUUGUUGGUGGUGGCUAUAUUGGCAUGGAAGUUGCAGCUGCAACUGUUGCAUGGAAGCUUGAUACGACUAUAAUUUUUCCUGAAGAGCAUCUACUACAGAGGUUAUUUACCCCGUCUCUUGCCCAAAAAUAUGAACAAUUUUACCAAGAAAAUGGUGUCAAGAUUGUCAAGGGUGCUAGCAUAAAAUCGUUGGAAGCUAAUUCUGAUGGCCAUGUCACUGCCGUUAGACUUGAUAAUGGAUCGUCCAUUGAAGCUGACACGGUUGUUAUUGGCAUUGGAGCCAAACCUGCUGUUGGUCCCUUUGAAAAGCUUGGUUUAAAUAAGAAUGUUGGUGGAAUACAGGUGGAUGGGCAGUUCCGGACGAGUGUACCUGGGAUUUUUGCUAUUGGGGAUGUAUCUGCAUUUCCCUUAAAGAUGUAUAACCGAAUAGCACGAGUAGAGCAUGUUGACCAUGCUCGUCGAUCAGCACAGCAUUGCAUCAAAGCAUUACUGACUGCCAACACUUCCACAUAUGACUAUCUCCCGUAUUUUUACUCAAGAGUUUUUGAAUAUGAAGGAAGCCCAAGGAAAAUCUGGUGGCAGUUUUUUGGGGACAAUGUUGGAGAAACUGUUGAAAUUGGGAAAUUUGAUCCAAAGGUUGCAACUUUUUGGAUAGAAUCAGGUAAAUUGAAGGGAGUUCUUCUUGAAAGUGGAAGUCCUGAGGAAUUCCAACUGCUACCGAAACUAGCAAGAAGCCAGCCUAAUGUUGACAAAGCCAAGCUUCAGAGUGCUUCAUCCGUUGAGGAAGCACUAGAAAUUGCCAGAGCUUCAUUGCAAGACUAAAACACAACAUAGCGAAACAUGGGAAGGAGUUUACUCCACUUAAAAUGUCCACCCAGUCUUUGAAAAGGAUGUGUCCGUUUUCACUUCCCUCGUUUAAACGGAUAGAAUGGUGUGCAGUAUGGACGACCACAUUGUAAAACCUAGGUCUUUCCAAAAAUAGGUAUGGAACUCCAUCAAUAAAGAAGAGGCGUUUGAAUGUAAAGCAGGCUGAAUAAGUUAGGUUUCCUUGUAUUGUUUGCGAGUCGCCGAUAUUGCCAGAGCAAUUUUUAGCCUCCAGAGCAAAUUUUACACAUUUUUUCGGAACUGCUCUUAAUGUGGUCAAACCUAUCUUUUCUUAUCUCUCUAAUCCGCAGUUAAUCACAAAUAAAUUUUUCCGACACUGUCUCUCUGGCUCUCUACCUGCUGUUGCCUCUCCCUUCCCCUCCAAAAUCAAUAUAUUUUCUUCGGUGGUUGUAAAUCAAAGGUUUUUGUUUUCUUUAAUUGUGUUGUUAUUAGUUUGGUCACUAAUUUUCUUUCCUGGCCUGCGGUGAGCUCUUUCGUUUGGUUUUGGAUACCAUAAGCAAAGAAAAAUUUGAUUUCUAUUGUAUUCUGUUGGUAAGCCGCUUUUUUCAAUUCGAAUUGAUCCUCCAUUAACAUGGUGGAAUUUUAUUAAUUCUCUUUUAUUAUUACUUUGUGAGAGAAUAGAAUCAAUUGUGAGAGAAAAGUUAUAUUAGCCAUUGAAAUUUGUUUACAGGCUGAUUUUGAGAAGAUUAAAUCCUAGUUAUCAGGGCUUAUUAUAUACGAACAAUUCGUAGAAAUGAUGAAAUGCUUGCUUCUCUACCAAACUAUGAAAAUUUGUUUGAUCCUUGAAUACAUGGAUUCAAGAAUUCUGUGGUAAUUUUGUAUUUUGCAACCUUUGGUUCAAGGACAACGACUAAUUCUUUUAAUCCACAUCCCACCUACUGUAUUCUCUGUCAAUGAGAUCUAUUUGAUAACAAUUGUCCUUUGUUAUGCAACGAUCUAUGAGAUGUUUUGUUUCUUUGGAGAAA